AUGUCCGCAUAUAAACUUACUCCAGCGCAAGAGGCUCUUGAUUAUGACACGAGACAGCCGGCGCUCUGGGCAUCACUUGUUGCCUUCGUCAUCAUUAACAAUCUUGCCAUCUUCGCAAGGACCUGGAUUAAGUGGGUAACAAAGCUGAAUGGCAAGAGGAUCACUGCAGAGGAUAUAUUUCAUGUUUGGAUCACCAUGGUCUUAAUGGCCAGCUUCUUCCUCUGCAUCAAGAUGACCUUGCUAUUCUUCUAUAAAAGACUGUUCUUGGUCACUAUUCUCGGAAAAACGAUGCGUGUUUUCUGGUGGGUGAACCUAGUCUAUGUCAUUCUGUGGUGGAUUGGUGCAACGGGCUUCUACCUCUUCCAAUGCAGCCCAGUACAAUGGUACUUCAUACAGUACUAUGCGAGGUUUGGCAAGCCAGUACCUGGAGGAGUCAAAGGCCAGUGUAAAGCCACAAAGGUACUGAAUGUUGCGCUUCCCGUGGUCUUUAGCCUCGUAUCAGAUGUGGGGCUUAUGGUCCUACCAAUAUGGGCCAUCUCCAGAUUGAAGGUUAGCAAAAAGAGGAAGUAUGGUCUAUUGGCAGUCUUUGGGUUGGGUGCGAUCGCUUGUAUGCUGGAGCUGGGGCGGAUACUGGAUCUUCUUCUCGAUACUGAUGACAAAACUGACCCUAGUUGGGGCGUCGCCAUCUUCCUGAUUCUCACCGCCGCAAUCGAGACCGCCGCGGUGGUGUGCGCUUGUCUUCCUGUGAUCGGACCUCAGCUAAUCAAAGGAUACAAGAAACUUGCCGGCACCAGAUCUGACUACCCAUCCUAUGGGAAUAGCAGUGGACUAAGCGCCGACAAUAAGUUAGUUCUCCUGCAGAACAGGCGAAGUAAAAGUACGCAGGGGAACUCCAAUAACGACCAAAUAGGGCUCAAAGGGAGCUUCCGAGGGGAAGAUGGAAUUCAACUGGCCGAUUUUGUUGCCCGCGACGAGAACUCUUAUGAUGAAGGCGACGCCUCGAACGGCCCGCAUUGGAGAUCACACGCUUUUGUCGAGGACACCAGAACAUGGCCGGUCUUGCCGCCGCCAGCCCUGGGACGCGUACUUGUUCAGGCGGACGUUGAGAUUGAGAGCGGCCCUGGGUCAGGAGUUAGACUGCAUUCCCACCUACACAAGAGCAACAACCACGCUUUCGCAACAACGGCUAGGUUCUAG